AUGUCAUUUUCAAUAUGCAACCUCCCACCAGAAUACCGUUACCGCACAUCAAAUCUGCUGUGCACGGGUAUCCUCCCUGGACCAAAAGAGCAAACCGGUGACCAGGUUCAGCGUUACCUCCGCCCCGUCAUAUCUGAUCUUCUCCGCCUAUGGAGGGAUGGGAUCAUGAUUCCGACAGAAUCUUGUCCGCAGGGUCGGCUGGUUCGCGUUGUUCUUGUUGCAGCGGUGUGCGACAAGCCAGCGGCCCACAAAAUAGGGGGGUUUGGUGCGCACACGCAUGGCAAACCGUGCUCCAUGUGCUGGAUUACUCAGACCGAUAUAAAGGAGAACUUGGCAUUUCCAUCAAGGACAAAUGACAGGCAUCGUGAGCUUGGUGAGCAGUAUCGCCAGCUCAAAACUAAGGGCGCUCGCCAUGCUUUCGUUCAAGCCCACUCUACACGAUACACCCAGCUUUCUCGCCUUCCAUACUUUGAUAUAGUUAAUCAAGUUGUAAUUGACCCCAUGCAUAACCUCUUCCUCGGUGCGUAUCGUGUUAACUGUUAG